AAAGUCAGAGAGAGGGAAAAAAAAGAAGGCGGGAAAGAGAGAGAGAGGGAAAAAAGAGGUAAAUAACUAAUUGUCUAAUAGUUUCUCUUUUCCGUCCCUAAAGUCUCAAAAUAUUUUAUGUUUGCCCCAAUUGUUUUUAUUAAAUCGAAAUAAACCCUCUUGGUUCGAGUCAGAAAUUACUUUUUUCUACACCGGGCUUUGCUUCUUUUAUCUUUCGCUUCUCCACCGUUUAGGGCAUUCUGAUAUUCAAUCGCACUAAAAUGUCGCUGGGUUAAUAAGUGGGUCUCCAUCAAAAUCUGGCUUUUACACUUAUUGAGACAAGGUGCAAAAUUGUUUGAAGGAUUCUUUGUCCUGCAAAGAUAUGGAAUGCAACAAGGAGGAAGCGAUAAGGGCAAUGGAUAUUGCCAAGAGGAAAGUUGCUGAGACUGAUUACAACGGGGCGAAACUUUUUGCUAACAAGGCUCAGGAUUUGUAUCCGAAGCUUGAUGGCUUAAGACAAGUUAUGAUGUUGAUCGAUGUUUAUAUCUCAGCAGGAAACAAAAUCAUCGGAGGGGAAUCUGAUUGGUAUGGAAUUCUUGGUGUUGAUCCAUUGGCUGAUGAGGAAGUAGUCAAGAAACAAUAUAAGAGGCUAGCUCUUUUGCUUCAUCCUGACAAGAACAACUGUGAAGGUGCAGAGGGUGCGUUUAAACUUGUUUUAGCUGCUUGGUGUUUGUUAUCUGAUAAGGUUAAGAGAAUUGCUUAUGAUCAGAAAAGGAAGUUAAAUGAAGUUAAACCGAAAAGGAGUCGAAAGCAGAAACAACCACCAAAGAAACCACCAAAGCAGCCGAAACAGCCACCAAAUCAGCAGAAACAACCGCCAAAUCAGCAGAAGCAGCCACCAAAUCAGCCUAAACAGCCACCAAACGAGCAGAAGCAACCACCAAACCAGCCCGAACAACCACCAAACCAGCCCAAACAACCACCAAACCAGCCAAGUACUAAUGGUAGAGCCAGAAGCAAAAAGCCCACUGCUAAAGUUCCUACUUUUUGGACAAUGUGCAACAAAUGCGGGACACAAUACGAGUAUGUUAGGGUUUAUUAUCUUAACAAGACGGUGCUUUGUCGAAAUUGCCGUGUGAAUUUCAAGGCAACUGAGAAAGAGAAAACAGCAACUGAGAAAAAGGAAACACCAUCUGAGAAAGAGGAAACAUGGCAAGCAACAAACAAGAACACAAAUGGUGCUUCUUCUUGUGAUAGAGAUUCUUCACUGACUGUUAAUGUUGGUUCUAAAAGAGAGGUUAGAGAGUCGGAAGAAAAGGAUGAAGAAGAAGCUGGUAGAGGAAUUGCAAACUCUGAUUUGAAAGUAGAAGAAAGAGUUUUUAAGAAGCUGAGGACAGAUAAUUAUGCAGAGUCAAGUAGUGGAAUCAAGGUUUGAAGAACUAUGAUAUGUAGAAGUUUAAGAAUUGAUGCUUUUAUGAUUAUGAUUAUAUGAAUAUUUUGCAUCUAGACUAGGAAUAUGUACAGUGGAACAAGGUUAGUUCUUCCUCCUGUCAUCUUCAAUGUUGAAUCCAAAAUGUCAUAACUUUUGCUAACAAUCUGUGUUUUGUAGUUUUUUUAUGAUCGAAUUAGACCGGUAUUGAAUAUUUUGGUUGACAACGUGAGCCAAAUUAAUCAAAGUGGAACCAUUUAAAA